AUGAUCAAAGACACCAACGAUACGGCAAUGAGGGACUUGCGAUCAUCCCGGGCAAGUAGGGAAUUUGACCAGAGAUUCGAUGGACCGUCGGGGCGACCCAGCUUGAGCUUUUGGAGACGCUCAGUCCCACAGGAGCCAUCCGGUGCAACGUCGCUGCUCCAUUCCCCAGAUGAAGGAGAUGUCUCUCACGCCCCAGUGCACGGUAGAGGAAUAUCUACUUUAUCUCCUGCUAGCGCACGUCUGCAAGGUGACUACGAGGAUAUAUGGUCAUCGCCGUCGACUUUGACGAGGAACCGAGAAUAUCUUCCGCUGCCGCCGUCGCUGAACUAUUCGCUACGCGAUCGGACCAGGUCUAUUAUCAUCUUCACCAUCCUGCUCGUUUUGGACAGCGCGCUGCUGCCGGUUGGCCUCUACUACGGUCUGUGGUAUGGAUUCGGGCCAGGCAACCCCGACUAUCACCCAUUAAGCGCCAAUACUGUGUUCAGUAUAGUCACUGCAUUCAUUGGGGGAACAAGUAUCCUCGAGUUGGUGCUUCGGUGUUGGAGAUUGUGGAAGAAAGACAGCGAUUGCAGGGUGAUUGGAGCCACAAGAUGGACGUUUGACUGGUUCCAUUGGUGGUUCACCUUUUCUUGGAUAGCUAUUGCGGUCGAGCUUGCUGUUGCCUCGUCUCCCGAACGUCCUUUGAGACGACUGCUUGCCAUGCCUCUGGCGACGGUUCUAUACAUCUUCGGUACUGUUCUCCUCACUAUAGACGCGCUUCACUAUUUCGCUAUCCCAGCCCCUGUCCGUAUCUCGUCGAUCCCAAAGGGUUCACAGCUGCGACCAGGAAUAUAUCCCCUGAUCGAAGAUGUCUGCGCCGUGAAUGGCGGAGGGAAGACAGAGUUUCGUGUGGCCCUUGACCGGCGGUACGCUGCGAGCCAUAUUUUUAGAGCUAUGCUACGACGGCUUGGAUUCUUCUGGGCUGUUGGUGCUGAGGCCUGUGCAGGUGUGACAACUGCUCUCGUGUACGGGCUGGACGAUCCCGAUGUCGCUUAUACCAUUGGCUGGUGCCUGCCUUUUGUAUGGGCUGGCUUCUGGGCUUGGGCUACUAUUGUUUACGUGCAAAGACAGCUGAAGAAAGAGAGGAGCCACUGGAUCAGGGAGUUGAGGAGUAUGGUGUAA